CUCGCUCUAUGAAUUUCUAAUGACCAGGCGAAAACCUUCUGCUUUCUCUGGCCUGUUUCAAACUACUCAGCAGGUGAGCUGGGGAUCCGUCUGAGGACGUGGUCUCAAGAACAUACAGAAGUUUGCCUGGAAGUGAGCUGUCCAGCAGGGGAACCCUGAAGCCCAGGAUGAUCUUGUCCAAUGCCACAGCCGUGACGCCCUUCCUGACCAAGCUGUGGCGGGAGACGGUUCAUCAGGGCAGGAACACGUCUGGCCUUGUCCGCAGUUUUUCCCACGGCAAUGACAGCGAGCUGGCCGCACUCUACAUCCUCAUGGUGCUUGGCUUCUUCGGCUUCUUCACCCUGGGCAUCAUGCUCAGUUACAUCCGCUCGAAGAAGCUGGAGCACUCGCACGACCCAUUCAACGUGUACAUCGAGUCGGACGCCUGGCAGGAGAAGGACAAGGCGUACGUCCAGGCCCGGGUGCUGGAGAGCUACAGAGCUUGUUACGUCUUUGAAAACCAGCUGGCUGUAGAGCAACCCAGCACACACCUUCCCGAGGUGAAGCCUUCGCCAUGAACCCCACACCUGGCUAAAACUGGACAAAUCCCCCCUGACGAUCUGAUUUGUCUAAUCACAUGCCUCUCCUGUGCUUUAUUGUAUGGUUACCAUUGGCUUGCUUUUGCCUUUGUAAGGGGAGAGAGGUGGAUUCAUGACUCUCUUUUUCUAAAAAUCACAUUCCUUCUGUAAUAGACUGUCAGUUGUUCCCCACCAUCUGUCCCUGCCUUGCUAAAUUUAGCAGAAUCCCUGAGCAUGUGGCCUCUGAUAAAUAGAGCUGCAUUUGCCAGACUCCCUUGCAGCUAGCAAGAUCAUGUGACUGAGUCCCGGCCAGUGAGUGUAGAAGUGAUGACUGCAGCUUCUAAAUAAUCCUUAAAAAGGAAAAGAUGCUGGGCUGUCCACUUCCCUUGUCCUCUUUCCCAGUGCUGGGACGUGGAUGAGGUAGAGAGCAGCUUUGACCCUGGGGAAGAACGGCAUACUCACAGAUAGAUGGCAGAACAGUAGGAGUCUGGGCUGGGGCAACAUUGUGGAGCAGGGUCUCCCUACUUUCCUGGACUACCCACUAGGUCAGACUUACAGGAAAGAGGAACUUCCUCCACUCUUCCUUAAGCCACUGUUAUUUUGAUUGCUUUUAAAGUAGAAUCAAUAUCUGUACUAAUAUGCCUGCCUUAGAGGACUGAACCCAAAGGUGUGACAUGCCCAUAUUUGUCACAAGCCCACAACACUCCCCUUGUCAUUUGUGUGCUCACUGCUGUGGCUCUAUUCUCCUCCUGCCCUCCUGCCUCCCCCUCCUCUCUUACACUCACCCUUCAGCCCUUUCCUCCCAAACACACACACACACACACACACACACACACACACUGCCCACCCACACCUCCCAGUCUAGAAGAAACUUGCUUCCUACAGAGCUGAGAUGGAGGAGAAAAGAGGCCUCAUUCAGCAGGUAUACCGAGGGGAAGGUGCUCAGUUACCACAGGAGGAGGGACAGGUGCCCCUACCCCCAAGAGCCCAGGAGAAAAGUGGGUGUGGCAGUGGGCACGCCUGGCACUGUGUGGUCGGGCCUGUGAGGCAAUGGGCCUGUUUACGGGUGGAAUUAUGCUCCCCCCACCAAGAAAAAGAUACACUGAAGUCCUAACCACCACCCCCAGCACCUGUGAAGGUGGCUAAUUUGGAAUUGGGUUUUUGCAGACAUUCAAGUUAAUAUGAGGUCAUUGUAGUGGCGCUGAAUCCAAUGUCACUCGGGUCCUUGUUAGAAGAGGGAAAUCUGGACACAGACUCACAGGGAGCUUGCAACGUGGGGACAGAGGCAGAGACAGGAGCGAUGCAGCCACAAGCUGACGCACGCCAAGGACCAGUGGCCUCCAGAGCUGGGAACAGGCCAAGGGCUCCUCUCCUGGUGGCUGCAGAGGAGACAUGGUUCCUCGUGAUUUAAGGCCUUCAGCUUCCAGAACUGUGAGAUGAUGAGCGUCUGUGUUUCGAGCCACUCGGCCUGACGUGCUUUGUUAAGGCGGCCCUAGCCAACUCACGCAGCACCUCUCACUCACCCAGAGGGAGAGUGGCUCUGCCUCCCAGAGUGGCACCUGAGAAGGCCUGGCCCCCAUUCAUGUGGCCUGCCCAGGGAGGGUCACAGAGAACCAGCCUCCUGGGUAUCAGCUUUCUUCUCCACCAUGGUCUGCAGCGUCAGGGCCCUCUGCAGGGUGACAUCCCAAGAGCUCCACCACCCAGGCUUUCCUGAAGACUGUGGAAUAUUGAAAUUAAAUACAAUUGGCUCAAACCUACAUGUAAUAUAAAUUAAAAGCAGCCCACAAGCAGCCUUGGCCAUCCUCAAAUGGACAAAUGUGGCCCAGCCUGGCUCCAGCCCUCGUUUCAUGCAGGGAACAGGGAUUCCUCUGUGCACGCUCGGAGGCAUCUCUGGGGCAGACCCUGGCAGGGCUCAGCCUCUGAAUGACUGUGGUCAUCGAGGUGGGUGGUUCUUUGGGCCACAGAGUCCUUUGAAAAUCCAAUGAAAGCUAUGAUCCUCCCCGUGCCCGAAUAAUGCGCAGAAAUGCAACAUUUCCCCUACCGUCUUGGGGGUUCCUGGGCCACUGGAAGCCAGUGUGGCUGCUGGCAUCUCACCGCCCCUGUGUGAGACACACCUGCUUCAGACAGAUGCACACUCCGCAGACUGAAGGGAAAGGCGGUUUGGAGAGGGACCGGGAGCACACGUGACCCGCAGUGUGAUUUCUGAGGCAGCACGCUGACUUUGAUAUUCCAGGCACACAGACCGGCUUUUUAUCACCACUUCACUUUCCCCCACUGAGAUUCCUGUGCCUUUUAAGGCAGAGGGAGGUCCCAGGGGCUCUAAUCCUCUCUGUCCUUGAAGGGCCCUUCUCCACGCUGCAGCCCUCUAAUCUCCUCCUCCCACCCCUUCCCCUUGGUUUUACUGAACUGUAAAUUUUCAGAUGCGUGUGAUCAUAUUUCAAAAUUUGCUUUCACAUACGUAGAGUGCUUGCAAUGUGCCAUAAAUUGUUCUAAGCUCUUUAAAAAUAGAAUCUCAAUGAUUACUUUGCAUGCAACAUUUUAGGCAUUCCUGAGCUAGGACAGCUAUGCUUUUUGUGAUAUUAAUAAGAU